AUGAAAAAUUUAUCGUUAACAAAGCGCGUUAGUCGUGUUUUAAAUUUCUUAGAAGAACAAAUUCUAAAUUUGAACGAUUCAAAAGUAUUACACACUGUCAAUUCAAUCAACGAUGAUUUUUAUGUGUUAUUAAAAAACAAAUUAUACAAAAUUCCGUCGAAUUUUGAGGAAGACAUAAGUUCUUUUGAUAUUGAUGAAAAUUUAGAAUUUAUCAGUUUAGAAUAUUGUAGCAUAUCACAAGAAUUAUACGGCGCUUGUAAAUCUGGCAAUAUUAUGAGGAUAAACAUAGAAUCCAAAUUUGAAUGCGAGUUGAUAACUGGAUUAAAUGUGGACUUACAAUGUAUGAAAUUAAGUCCAGACCAUGAAAUGAUCAUAUUAGUAACAGUCAAUGAUCUUGUGAUUACAAUGGUAUCUACUUUUCAAAUAAUAUCAGAGGUAGAUUUACAUGCACCACAUUUUGGCCAGAAACAGUUUAUAACUGUUGGUUGGGGUAAAAAAGAAACUCAAUUUCAUGGAUCAGAAGGAAAGAAGGCAGCAGUGACUAAAUCAACAGAAAUGAAUAAAAAUGAUUUGGAUGAUGGAUUAUGUAGAAUAACUUGGCGUGAUGAUGGUUCAUUAUUUGCUGUUGGCUUUUUGCACCAUGAAAAUAAAAUCAGGCAGUUUAAAAUAUUCAAUAGAGAAGGUAUUUUACAAUACACCAGUGAACUUGUUAAUAGUUUGGAAGAAUCAUUAUCAUGGAAACCAUCAGGAAGCUUAAUUGCAUCAACACAUAUUUUACAAAACAAACAUGUUGUUGUUUUUUUUGAAAAAAAUGGUUUAAGGCACAGAGAUUUUUCACUUCCAUUUAAGCCAAAAGAAAUUAAAGUAAAGGAUUUAUUUUGGUCUCCAGACUCAGAGAUUUUGGUUAUUUGGUGUCAAAUUGAAGAAGAUUCUUCUUCAGUUCUACAACUAUGGACAGAAAAUAAUUACCACUGGUAUUUAAAACAAUCCAUCAAGUUUCCCAUGGAUAAUUCAUUGAUAUGUGCAACAUGGAGUGCAACAUCAUUUUCUAAAAAGUUGAUUCUUGUAACAUCUAAAGAACUUAUCACUUGUGACUACAAUUGGUCUGUUAACCAUAGCAGAGGCACAACUGUCCAAGAUAAAUGUGUUGUUGGAGUCAUUGAUGGAUAUAAAUCACUAAUGACUGGUCUUAGAAUAGGAAUUGUGCCACCACCAAUGACACAUCAUACAUUAGAAAUUCCUGAACCUAUAAAUGCUAUUGUCUUUGCACCAGAUGUAGAAAACAAAGAUAAUUGGGUAGAUAGCAACACAUUCUUUUGCGUUUCCAGCAGUAACAAAUUGGUAUUUUAUAAACAUAUAACGGAUUCUGUUUUGUUGGAGUAUAAACAUGUUGGAACAUAUGACAUUAAGUGGGUUGAUUCAUUGGAGUUUGACAAUUCUUUUUACAAUAUGCAUCACUUUUUAUGGCUUGAUGAGAGCAAUGUUUUAUGUUCAUUGUCAACAAAUAAUCAAAGCUAUCUUUGCAUUUUAACACUAAAUAAAAUAAAUGAUCAAGCACAGGGAAAAAUAACUGUGAGCCAAAUGCAUAUCAUGGAUGGCCUGAUUCAACACAUCAUUCCUUCUCCUGACUCAAAGGAAGCAUACAUAGUUAUGGAAAAUUCCAUCGUAAAGUAUACAAAAGAAACAGAAUUAAUUCCUAUAGAUGUGCAAUUGCAAGACUAUACAUACAAAGUAGAAGUUGUGAAACUUGGUGCAAAGCAUGCAAUUCUGUCACUGUACCAUAGAAAUUGCUUUGCAAUAAAUGGAAAAGAAAUUGCUAACAAUAUCACAAGCUUUUUCGUGCAUUCAGAAUUCUUGCUUCUCACGACCGCGCAACAUACUUUGAUAUGCGUUAACCUAAACGAGGAGGAUUUUGAAGAAUUAAUCAAGCAAGAUUUAACUAUUAAGCCAUGGGAGAAUCAGCUGAAUGAAAAAUCAUUCACAGAUUUAAAUAUUAGAAGAGUGGAAAGAGGAUCUCAAUUGAUCGCAGCCAUUUCAAAAGAUUCAAAAACUAUUUUACAAAUGCCGCGCGGAAAUUUAGAAUGCAUUCAACCGAGAACACUGUCUUUGUACAUUAUCGGAUUUUAUCUGGAUAAUUGUGAUUAUUUGUCAGCGUUUGAUUUGAUGCGCAAACAACGUAUAAACUUAAAUCUGAUCUACGAUCAUGAUCCGGAGAAGUUCAUCGAGAACGCGAAUAAAUUUGUGGAACAAAUUUCCAAAGCAAGCUGGUUAAGUUUAUUCUUGUCUGAAUUAACGGAUGAAAAUGUUACCAUGACAAUAUAUGCAAAGUAUUAUGGAAAACAUCGAUCGAAACCAAAUAUCUCUGAAAUGAAUAAACUCGAAUCAGUUUGUAUUUUAUUAAGAAACAUCAUGGAAAAAAGAAACAGCGCUAAUCAUUUAAUUCAACCGAUAUUAAUUAGCUUAGUGAAAGACGAAAAAAAGCAAGGUUUGGAAGCUGCGUUAACUAAGAUAAACGAAAUUCGAAAGUUGGAAGAGAAGUCUACAGAAAAUGAAGAACGCAUAACAUCUGACGGAGCAUUGAAAUAUUUAUUGUAUAUAGUAGAUGUGAAUGUAUUGUUUGAUAUAGCUUUAGGAAUGUACGACUUCAAUUUGACCAUGUUCAUCGCAUCCAAGUCACAGAAAGAUCCUAAAGAAUAUAUUCCGUUCUUAAACGACUUGAAGAAGCUCGAUGAAAAUUAUAUGAAGUACUCUAUUGAUUUACAUUUAAAACGAUACGACUCUGCUCUUGAAAAUAUUGCAAAAGAAUCAAAUAGAUUUAACGAAUGUAUAAAUUUAAUAUGUAAUUAUAGAUUGUAUAAGAAUGCUUUAAAAUUAUUUGAAAGAAAUAGUGAACAGUAUAAAGAAGUGGCCAAAAUUUAUGGUAAAUAUUUAAUGAAAACAGGACUCUAUGAAGAAGCUGGAAUUAUGUUCCACAGGAGUGGUGAUUUAAAAGAUGCUUUGAAUGCUCAUAAAUUAGCUGGAAAUUGGCAAGAUGUUAUUAUUAUAUCCUCACAAAUGGAAUUGAGCGAAACGGAAAAAUAUCUACUUUACGAGGAUAUUACAAAACGACUGAAGAGUGAUAAGAGGUACGAGGAAGCUGCGCAAGUUUUGAGGUAUUAUUUGAAAAACGUAGAGGAAGCAAUAAUCUCCCUCUGCAAUGGUAAACAUUGGAAGCACGCUAUAAGAAUUGCUCAUGACACCAAGAAUCUAGAUCUGAUUGAAUCACGUAUAAGAUCAAGUGUGUAUGAACACGCAGACCACACAAUGUCCCAGAUAAUAAAAAAUAAACGAGACUUUGUGCAGUAUACAUCGCGUCUCGCUAUAGUCAGAGAUAAUAUUUCUCAGAGAAAUGUAAAGACGUAUGAUGAAGUAAUUUCAGAUAUUCUGAGUGACACAAGUAGUGCUACUGGUUCAACUAUGAGUCAAAUGUCAAGAUGGUCUACUUUAUCUAGAAAAAGCUACAGAUCAAGCAAAAAUCGUAGAAAGAAUGAGAGAAAACUUUUUAGUUUAAAAGAGGGCGGUGCUUUUGAGGAUCUGGCAUUGAUACAAGCUUUAUAUCAAAUUAUCAGUACUACAUACAAAGAAAAGAACGAUUUACAUGAUCUAAUACGAAUGCUUGUAUAUUUUGGUGACGAUGAACGUGCAGAAAAUAUACAAAACUGCAUGGAACAAUUUCUUUCUAUCAUAGAGAAAAAUACAUAUAAAAUCUGGGAUAAAUCUGCAUCUUCAACUAUAGCAGAAAUGGAAUCUAUAGAAUUUUUGACAUGGCACAAUUUUCAAGGAUUAUCUGCUUGUCAACAAUUAAUAGAAAAUUACAUCAUUCGUCCGCCUGAAGCUAAUACUUCACCUUGGAAAUUGAAUAUAUUUUAG